AUGUCACACCAAAGGGGUAAUUUGGAACAUAAUGCUCAACCGGAAAAUGUUCCUCGAGGUGGCAUUCCACUGGGUUUUGGUAACCAAGCAGGUAGAGCUCAAGAGCCUAUUGUAAAUGAGGAAGAUAUGCUAUUUGGGGACUUUAUGAACCCACCCGUAGUAGAGAAUGAAUCAAGUAUUGUCUACCCUCCAUAUGGACAUCCAAACAUUCAACUUCGUCCGGAUGUUAUUAGUUUGUUCUCCAAUACCAUUCCAUUCUAUGGAAGGAUUGAUGAGAAUCCUCACUCACAUGUUGCACGAUUCAUAGAGAAUGUUGGAAAUUUUAAAUAUGAAGGCGUAAAUGUGGAGAUGAUCCAGAUGAGGUUAUUUGUUCACACAUUGAAGGAUAAGGCAAGGGAAUGGCUUGAGACUUUACCACUAGGAAGUAUAAAUAGUUGGUUGGAAUUUAUUCAAAAAUUCACAACCAAAUUCUUUCCACCCGCCCGAGUAGCCAAACUCAAGCAUGACAUAACCACUUUCCAACAAUCUGAAUUUGAGAGCUUUCAUGAGACUUGGGAGAGGUUCAAGGAUAUGUUUCAAAAAUAUCCAAAUCAAGGAAUCACAAUGGGGCAACAAGUGAAUUAUUUUUAUGCCGGGUUGACUCCUUCUUGCCGUUCAAAUGUGGAUUCAUCAUCUAAUGGCUCGAUCAAGAAGAAGAGUAUUCGGGAAACAUAUGAUCUAUUUGAGGUCAUGAGUGAACAAAGUGCUAAAUGGCCGGAGAGAGGUUUACAAAGAGGGGUUGGUGGAGUUCGAGAUGCUGAAGCUUUCUCAAUGGUUCUAGCAAAGAUCGACUCACUAGCAAAGAACGUAGAAGGACUUUCUACAUCUACCUCGAGCUCUCAUUUCGCUCAUAUGGUACAAUCUCUGCCUAUUUGUGAUAUUUGUGGAGCAAAUCACCCAAGCCCGAGUUGUCCAUUGAUAGGUAGUGGUUCAGCAUCUACCGAGCAAGUGGCAUAUACUCAAAACUUUCAACGCCAAGGGUACAAUCCUUAUUCGCAAACUUAUAACCUCGGUUGGCGAAAUCAUCUGAACUUUUCUUAUGAAAAUAAUCAAAAUGUGCUCAACCCGAAGCCACAAGAGAAAAAAGAAGGUUGGGAAGAGGCCAUUGCUAAGUUGGCAAACCAUCAAUUGCAAUAUCAAGAACGCAAUGAUGCCUCUUUGAAAAACUUGGAAUGUUAA